UUAUUGUACUCCAUUGCAGAGCUCACCAGAGGGCGGGCGGGGAGCAUUCCCGACUGCAGAAACAACACAACAGCAGAAACAACACAACAGCAACACACAUUCAACGAACGUGUGCUCUCUUCCCCUCACCUUUGGAAAGGACGCAUAGGAGUUUCAAGAGUGUGUCGAGCAGCCAUUUGCAGGUCUCGGGGCAGAUCUGGCCACUCCAGCAGACCGGAAUGGUGAUGAUGAAAGCGAUGAUCGCAAUCACCGCGACGUAGAACAUGAAACACCAGAAGGCCUUCUUCGAAUCCGUUCUGCACUGCUCACUGCAGCAGUAUUGGCACGCACCGGUGCUGCGGCGUUUGCAGGUGCUGCAGCACCGGCGACAACCUGAAACAAACAAGAGGCGAUCUUCUGCCUCAAUCAUUCUGGUUCCCCCCUUAUUUCCAUGCUCACUGGAGGCGAUUCUGACAUUGAUGGGACGUGUGCGAUCCGUGCCUUCGUCGCCACGAAACACCUCCGCCGGCUGAGCCUCAGGAGCAAAAGUCCGAUUGCCCGACGCGCCGAGCUCAAAUUCAGUGUGCAGCCGUCGCUGCAAGGCCCUCAUGGUCGCUGGGUCGCUGACGGACAGAAGGUUCGGGCGGCCCCGCCUGCGAUAGAAAAGUCAC